AUGGCUGAGGAACAGAAGACCCCCGUCGCCAACAUUGAGGCAGAGCAGGAUGUCCAGAAUGUGCUUGCUGAGCUGAAGGAAAGCGCCGCUUCCGAGAAGCCCACCGAGGAUGCUGAUGAAGCUCGCAUUGUCGCCGAAGCUGCCAAGCUCGGUGAGAAGUCUGAGCAGUCUGAGGAGAAGGCCGCUAAGCCUGAGCGUGAAACCCGCAGCUUCCAGCGCGGUGGUCGCUUCAACCGUGGUGGCGCCCGCCAGAACAACGCCAAGUUCGAUCCCUCCAGCCAGGAGCAGACCGAUGACCCUGUUCAGAUCCGCAAGCAGGUCGAGUUCUACUUCUCCGACUCCAACCUCCCCAUGGACAAGUUCCUGCUCUCCAAGGUCGGCGGCAGCGCCAACAAUGCUGUUCCCCUUGAGCUCCUGCACUCUUUCAAGCGCAUGCGUCGCUUCCAACCUUUCAGCGCUAUUGUCGAGGCUUUGAAGACAGCCGAGACCGUCGAGCUUACCGAGAACGACACUGCCAUCAAGCGCAAGGUUCCUCUCCCCGAGUCGGUUAACGAGCACGACACCAGCGCCGUCAAGGUGUAUGAAGAUGCCACCAUGGCCCGCAGCAUUUACGUCAAGGGCUUCGGUUUCGGCGAGGAGGAGCCCACUACUCAGCUUGACAUCGAGGCACUCUUCGCCCCCCACGGCCCCGUCAACGCCAUCCGUCUCCGUCGCACCGUCAACGACCGCACCUUCAAGGGUUCCGUCUUCGUUGAAUUCGCGGAUGAGGACAAGCAGAAGGCCUUCCUCGCUCUCGAGGAGAAGCCCCAAUACAAGGACAAGGAGCUGACCUUCAAGAGCAAGAAGGACUACUGCGAUGAGAAGAUCGAGGAGAUCAAGGCUGGCAAUGUUUACCCCAGCCAGGGACGCAACAACAACAACAACUCUCGUGGAGGUCGUGGAGGUCGCGGAGGUCGUGGUCGCGGUGGCCGCGGUGGUCGUGGCCGUGGCCGUGGUGGUCGCGACAGCGGUGACCGCAACGAGCGUGACUGGCGCGAGCGCCGCACUGAUGACCAGAAGAACGGCUUCGACGCUCCUCGUGAGGCCCAGAAGGAUUCUCGUGGCGUUCCCGUUGUGCAGAGCACCCAGAAGCGCUCCCGCGAGGAUGAGGGUGGUAACGACCAGCCCGCCAAGAAGGUUGAUGCCAAGGAGUAA